AUGACUAAUCUCCCUGUUGUAGUUAUGGAUAAUGGUACAGGUGGCAAUAAUGAGCCCUCAUUUGUUUUCCAAACUGCAAUUGCUACACGCGAAUCACCUUCGAGUACUGGAAGACCUGGUUUACCUUCUAAACCUUCCUUUUUUAGCAACAAUUUAGCUUCUAAACGAGGCAUUGAAGACCUUGAUUUUUAUAUUGGCGAUGAAGCUUUAGCUCAAGCUAAAACGAUGGCUUUAAAUUAUCCUAUUCGUCACGGUCAAAUCAAUAAUUGGGAUCAUAUGGAACGAUUUUGGGAACAAUCCAUCUUUAAAUAUUUACGUUGUGAACCUGAGGACCAUUAUUUUCUUAUGACCGAACCACCUAUGAAUGCACCUGAGAAUCGUGAAAUGACAGCAGAAAUUAUGUUUGAAUCAUUUAAUGUACAAGGUCUUUAUAUUGCUGUUCAAGCUGUCUUAGCCUUGGCUGCAUCUUGGACUUCAAGUAAAGUAAGUGAACAGACAUUGACAGGUACUGUUGUUGAUUCAGGUGAUGGUGUUACUCAUGUUAUCCCAGUGGCUGAAGGAUAUGUUAUUGCUAGUUCCAUCAAGAGUGUGCCUAUUGCCGGUAGUGAUAUUACUUCAUUUGUUCAAAAUUUACUUCGUGAGCGUGGAGAAACAAGUAUUCCUCCAGAAGACUCAUUCCGUAUUGCUCAAGCGAUCAAAGAAGAUUACAGUUAUGUCUGUCCUGACAUUGUUAAAGAAUUUAAAAAAUAUGACCAAGAGCCUGCCAAGUAUUUCAAGAAAUAUGAAGGAAUUCAUUCUGUCACCGGCAAGAAAUAUACGGUGGAUAUUGGUUUUGAACGUUUCCUUGCACCAGAAAUUUUCUUUAAUCCAGAGAUUGCUAGCUCUGACUUUUUAACACCUUUACCAGAAAUUGUGGAUACUGUUAUUCAAACAAGUCCUAUUGAUGUACGUAGAGGAUUAUAUAAAAAUAUCGUGUUAUCUGGUGGAUCUACUAUGUUUAAGGGCUUUGAUAAAAGACUUCAACGUGAUAUCAAACGUACAGUUGAUAAGCGUAUUCAAGAAAGUGAAUUGACGAGUCGUUCUGAGAUGAAAGCAACUCCCAUGGAAGUGAACGUUAUCUCACACAAAAAACAACGUCAUGCUGUUUGGUUUGGUGGAAGUUUAUUAGCUUCUACUAGCGAAUUUUAUAAUUCUUGUCACACAAAGGCAGAAUACGAUGAAUAUGGUCCUAGUAUAUGUCGUCACAAUAGAGUCUUUAGCUCUCUUUUGUAA